UCCGGCACCCGGUGCGCGGUGCGAAGAGUGACAGACAAGUGUGAGAAGAAAGAGGAGAGAAGAAGAGCACGAAGGGGAGCAGGGGAUCGUGUAGCUCUCUGUACUAAUGGACCAUAAGGAAAUUUAACCAUUUGCCCGGGGAGCGCACAGACACCGCAGUCCAUGCCUCUGCCUUGCCAGGUCAUUGAUGGGAAAUCAACUGGAUCGGAUCACCCACCUCAACUACAGCGAACUGCCCACGGGGGAUCCGUCCGGGCUGGAGAAGGACGAGCUUCGGGUCGGCGUCGCCUACUUCUUCUCUGACGAAGAGGAGGAGGUGGACGACCGCACUCCGUCCGACUGCGGCUUCACCAAGGACCACAGCCCGGCCGAGGAGGGACCCUUUUCGGUCAGCGAGGUGGAGUACUCUGCCUUCUGCUCCCAGGAAUGCAUCUUCUCCAAGCUGCGGGAGAACGAGGACUUGAAUGUGUACUCGGCCAAAACUUUGCUGACAAUGUGCAAACCAGGGGACCUGCUGGAACUGGUGGCCACCGCGCAAGCCCCCCACUGGGCCAUCUACGAGCAGGACAACCAGGUCAUUCAUCUGCACAAGGGCGAGAUCCGCAAGGACAGCCUGCUUGAGAUCAGCAACGGGCGCCACGGGAGGAUAGUCAACAAUCGGUACCGGUACCGGCCGCUUCCCCCUGACCUAGUGAUGCAGAACGCAGCGGGACACCUCGGCCUGAGCAGCGAGGAGAUUUGCUGGACCAACUCGGAAAGUUUCGCAGCCUGGUGCCGCUUUGGGAAACGGGAGUUCAAAGCCGGGGGAGAGGCGCACUCUGCGGAGCAGCAGUAUUUCCUCAAAAUGCAUCUGUCCGGCAGCGGGGUGCACACUCUGGUCUUUCGCAGCCUGGAGGACAUGAUCCGGGAGAGGAGGCGAGUGGACGCCAGUGGAAUUCUCAAAGAGCUCUCUUUGGUGAACGGGGGCAAGGAGUGAUCAGGGAUUCCGUUUGAUAUCCUCCCCC